AUGUCUUCAACCACCAAGCAAGUGUACUCGGAGAUGGAGGAGCCUCCAAUGGCCGUCCCUAUCUCCUCCGACGCUGUGGGCCAGUGGAAGGUAGAUGUGACCAGAGCCAGCACCAACUUGAUGACGGAUUGCUGCCCGUGCGCUCCCCUCAGCGACACCAUGUCACGCAUCACCAAGCACCACAAGGUGUACGGUUGGAUGCUUGGCGUCGUCUACACCGCCGCACUGGUAGCUCCGCCGCUACUUGUCAUCACUCAAGCCCGAUCGUCUUGGGCCUGGGUCGCAGUGCUUGUUGCUUUCCUUGUGCUAGCAGCCCUAGUCGUCACGGCUGCGCGCUACCAGGUGCGUUCGUUCUUUGGCAUCCCUGGAAACCCUGCCGAAGACUGCUUCUUCUCGUGUUUCUGCAUGCCGUACACCAUUGCUCAAAUGAAAGCGCAAGUAGAAGAUGUCCCAGUAACCGACAUUAGCUCGCUGCCUGCGAAAGUGCAAGGAACCACGUGGACAUUGCCCCGAUGGGUACAUAUCAUGUUUAUUGCCCUGCUCUUUUCUGCACUGGACAAAGCAGACGCAAAACAACAGCAUCAUGUUUACAUUCCUGUAGCGUACUAG